AACCGUGGUAUUUGGAGGAGUGUUCCUCCACAUUGGCCACCACAUACAGUUCCGGAACACCGGGACAUGACAAGAGUAUUGCCUCGGCUGAUAUGGACGGCAAGCUGCGACCAGAUCAUAUAUGCACAGUUGAGCAUACAGGAACGUCGGCGUCAGCGCCCCUAGCGGCAGGAAUGUGCGCACUAGCAUUGGAAGCCAACCCUGAACUAACCUGGCGUGACAUGCAGUUCAUUGUGGUUCUAACCUCAAAAACGGCGCCUCUGGAAAAGGAAAACGGCUGGAUUACAAAUGGAAUCAAGAGGAAAGUUUCGCACAAGUUCGGCUACGGUCUGAUGGACGGGGAGGCGAUGGUGUCGCUGGCCGAACAGUGGAGUCCGGUGCCACCUCAGCACAUCUGCAAGUCGCAGCAAAUCAACGAGGAGCGACAGAUUGAAGCUGCAUACGGCUCACUGCUAGCAGUUUCCAUGGAAGUCAACGCAUGCUCUGGCACUCUUAACGAGGUCCGCUUCCUCGAACACGUCCAGUGCAAGAUAUCGCUCAGGUUUUUCCCGCGCGGCAACCUGCGCAUAACACUGACCUCACCAAUGGGCACCACCUCGACGCUGCUAUUCGAGCGACCACGUGACGUGGUGUCGUCCAACUUCGACGAUUGGCCAUUCUUGAGCGUGCACUUCUGGGGCGAGAAAGUGGAAGGUCGCUGGACGCUGCAGAUCUACAACGCAGGCAGUCGGCACGUCAAUCGACCUGGUAUUUUACAGAAGUGGCAGCUGAUCUUCUACGGCACCGCAACGAAUCCGAUCCGACUUCGGUCGCCGUCGCAACGCUCGCAGCAGCAGAAGACGACGACAUUCUCGUUCCCGUCUGCCGCAUUCCGAAACCUGCCCAACAUCUUCACUGAUUCAGAACCCCCACCAGGUGCCGCUAUAGGAGAGUCAAUGAGUAGCGCGACGGGCAGCCAGCAGGACAAUGACGUCACUCACGUACUGCACAACUGUGACCCAGAAUGUGACCCACAGGGCUGCUACGGGAAAGGAGCCACGCAGUGUGUCGCCUGCAAGCACUAUCGCUUAGACAACACAUGUGUGAGCAGAUGUCCGCCGCGCAGCUUUGCGAACCAGGAUGGCGUAUGCUGGCCUUGUCACGAAUCGUGUGAGACGUGUGCAGGCGCUGGCCUUGACUCAUGCCUCACGUGUGCUCCGGCUCACCUCAGAGUCACUGACCUCGCCGUCUGUCUUCAGAUCUGCCCUGACGGCUACUAUGAAAACACGGAGCAGGGCACUUGUAUACCUUGCGAGCCAAACUGCGCCAGUUGCCAGGAUAGAGCUGACCACUGCUCCACCUGCGAACACCACCUCGUCAUAUUUGAGAACAGGUGCUAUGCCGCCUGCCCGCUUUACACCUACGAGACCGACGAUUACAGAUGUGUGGCAUGCCACUCGUCGUGCGAGACAUGCAGUGGUGACGGAGUGGCGCAAUGUGUAACCUGCCGCAGUGGCCGUCUGUUCCUGGACGGCACGUGUCAUGCAGUGUGUCCUGACGGCUACUAUGGCGACAAAAAGCGACGAGAGUGCAUGACGUGUCCGCGUGGCUGCGCCACCUGCAACUCGGCCACGUGUCUCACGUGUCACGCCGGCUACACGCUUGACAAGAAGGCCCGCUGUGUCAAACAGGGCACUGCUCGGUGUGCGCCUUCGGAAUACUUUGGUGAGACCCGGUGCGAGACGUGCCACGCGACCUGCAACACGUGUGACGGCUCUCUGGCGGGAGACUGCCUCACUUGCGCAAGUCCGCUGCUGCUGGAAAACGCCACCUGUGUCGCUGCGUGUUCGCGCGGCUUCUACGCCGAUCCGACGCGUGCCGUGUGUGUGCCGUGUCUGCACGCGUGCACCCAGUGUGUGUCACGCAUCAACUGCACAGCCUGUCAACCGGGACUCCAUCUGCAGAGUGGACAGUGCCGUGCUACUUGCGCCAAUGGGUACUACAACGACGUGGGCACGUGCAGCAAAUGCUAUCUGUCGUGCAUGACGUGCAGUGGGCCGCGACGUGACCAGUGUGUCACGUGUCCCCAGGGCUGGCAGUUGGCGGCCGGCGAGUGUCACCCCGAGUGUCCACAGGGCUUCUUCAUGUCCCAAUAUGGCUGUCAGAAGUGCCAUCACUACUGUCACACCUGCAAGGGGGAGGGCCCGCUACAGUGCACAUCUUGCCCGCCGCAGUCAAUGUUGGAUGGAGGCUUGUGCCUGGCAUGCCUUGGCUCGCAGUACUACGACCCGCCCACGCAGCUGUGCAAAGCCUGUGACAGCGGCUGCAAGACCUGCUCUGGUGCCGGGCCUUUCUCCUGUCUGUCCUGCACCUUCCCGCUGCAUCUCGACAAACUCAACAACCAGUGUGUGCCCUGCUGCACCCGCCAAAGCCAGCAGAACUGCUGCUCCUGCGACAAGGACACUGGUGAAUGUCACAACUCAUCACCAGCUGGGAAGAGACGUAUCACUGUGGAGCAUGAUAUCGAUGAAAUCCAACUGCAAGCGGCCAGUUUGAGAGGAGAGAUGCCGCUUCAGUCAAAUUCGCCCUCCACUUCUUUCUCAUCAGAGUUUUCUCUCACGCAGCAGCUGACCAGUGGCAAUGCAAUAAUCGUUUUAUGCGCCUGCGCACUAAUUCUAAUGGUCGCCAUUGUUGUCAGUGUACAGUUGAAAUCGGAGUCACCAGGAAGGGGCUACUCAAAAAUUCCACUGCGCAUACAUAACGAAGGAGAUGACUGCCUUAGCAAGCUGCAGACCGACCAACAGAAAGCAUUACUUGACGAAGAAACAAGCUGUGCGAGUGAGAGGGAGGAUCUGCUUCCCAACAAUGUUCGCUUCAGUCCCAACCAACGAUGAACAACAACAACCAGACUUGAAUUUAGGUUAAGUUUGUAUGGAAAAAAGUGAGAAACUCUUAUUUUUACGUAACAUUUCAAUGUUAAGAUUUCGAAGAAUCUAAAUUUCAGGUGAGGUUAUUUUUCAAAAACCGAACCUCCUCUCUUUCUUAAGGUAGGCGCACACAGAUCGUCAUCGGACGGACGGCACGCAUCGGACGAUUAGAUUUGAUGCAUUGUUUUCAAUUGGAGUGCGCAUAUCUAUCCGCAUCCGUAUAGGUAUGCACACUCCAAUUGAAAACAAUGCA